ACAAUUUGUAGCGUUUCAAGUGUCUAACAAAUUUUCUUAAAUUUUUUUGGAAAAAAAUCACCACAAUGAACUAAAAUUACAAUAUCAAAUCGGUGAACGAGUAUCUUUCGCUCGUAAUUCAUUUAAUUUCUCACAAAAACUCGUCGAUCUGCUGUGGUUUCAAAUUCAAUCGGAAGUGUUUCACAAAAUAAAGAAGAAACGAUUGACAAAUGAUUUGACUUCGAUUUCAUUUUGCUACCCACUUUUCGAUAGUGUUUAAGAAGAAUUUAUUAUUUUCUUUUUCGUGUGUUUUUGUUUCCGUUCGUUCGUUCGUUUGAGUUAGCUAACUAUUGUUUUUGUGUUUGAAAAUUAAUUUAAUUGGUAGAUAUGCGUCGGCAAAAACCUGGCGGUUUCAGGCCAAAGCCAUUCGGUCCAUUCGAUGAACCAACACCGGUGGUGAGCCCACCGCAUAAUUUGGAUAGCCGGACCACGAUUACGAUUGAUGAUAGGACCUUUGUUGUGGAGGCAGAUGAUUUGGAAAAAAUCUGUGAUUUGGGCCGUGGUGCUUAUGGUAUUGUGGAGAAGAUGCGUCAUCGUCAAACUGGAACUGUAAUGGCUGUGAAGCGAAUCACUGCAACCGUUAAUACACAGGAACAGAAACGCUUGCUGAUGGAUUUGGAUAUAUCGAUGAGAUCGAGUGCAUGUCUGUACACCGUUCAUUUCUACGGAGCACUGUUCAGAGAGGGAGAUGUUUGGAUUUGUAUGGAGGUGAUGGACACUAGUUUGGAUAAAUUUUAUCCGAAAGUUUUCAAAAACAAUCGGUCGAUCAGCGAAGACAUUUUGGGGAAAAUUGCCAUAGCCGUUGUAAAUGCUUUACAUUAUUUGCACGCCAAUCUGAAAGUCAUCCACAGAGAUGUGAAACCGUCAAACACAUUGAUCAAUCGGAAGGGUGAAGUUAAAAUUUGUGAUUUCGGUAUAUCCGGCUACCUUGUCGAUUCGGUUGCGAAGACCAUUGAUGCCGGCUGCAAACCGUACAUGGCACCCGAACGCAUUGAUCCGACUGGUAACACUGGCCAAUACGACAUACGAUCGGAUGUUUGGUCAUUUGGCAUCAGUAUGAUUGAAAUAGCCACCGGUAAAUUUCCUUACAACACAUGGGUGACACCAUUUGAACAAUUGAAGCAGGUUGUGAAAGACGAUCCACCGCGAUUAGAAGCGAACAAAUUUUCGCCAGCUUUCGAAAAUUUUACCGCUGCCUGCUUACAGAAGAAUUUCACCGAUCGACCGAACUAUGAGCAAUUACUGCAACACGCAUUUAUUGUCGAACAUCAGUCAAACGAUGCCAAUGUAGCCGCAUUUGUUGAGGAAAUUUUAAGUCUUCCAGAUAGCCCAUAAAAGUAAAAUGAAACGAGAGCGGGAGAGAGAGAGAGAAACAAGAAAAUGCAAACUGAAAACAAGUUCAAUUUGGGUGAUGUUAACUGGCGAGACAAAACAAGUCUACAAUUUUUACUGGUAACAAAAUAGCGGCAAUAAUUAUUACGAAAUAAAAAAAAAAGAAAAAAAAAUAAUUAACGGUUAAGGACAGAGUGACGCUGAAUGCUCUUAUAUAAAAAUUACGAAAAAAAAAAUUAGAAAUGAAAAAUGGUUUUACAUGCCACAUUGUUAAAAAGAAAAAUGAAAAUAUUUUUGUGUCCAUUAUUGACUGUGUGCAAGCUUCAAAAGUUUCGCAGUUGGUUUGGUUAAUAAAAUAAAAAUGAUAAAAAUAA